UUCCUGUCCGUCUGCUUUUGAAUCACGGAAAACACUGUGCUUCACCAGUCGUCCACUAGUACAUGCCGGCAAAUAGGACAGGGUCUCAUCAAAGGACAGACAUUUAACCUUAUACGAAGUUAUUAGAGUUCGCUCGGAUGUGUCCAUUAAGGCACUGUUUGGGGGUUGGAGACCGGAUUUGUGUGUGACAUUUAAUGAAAAAGCGACCAUCCUUUGCAUAGUCAACGAUAGAUAACGUUAGACUGCAAGCUAGCUAACGUUAUUUAGUUAUGAUCAACCUGAGGCAAUAACUAGACAAGUCUGUUUUCGCCUGAUACUUCGUCUAUGAUUGCCAGUUGUUUAGUAAUGUGCCCGACGUGUUGGUAGGCUAUUUCGAGGAAAGUAUUCUGACAUUGUAAAUGGUUUGUUUGAGUUACAUACUGUGAGAAGUUCGGUGUUUCGUUUGGGGUUAGCAACACUAAGGUGCCUGGUCAUCUUUUUGCCAUGGGUGUAGUUAUUCGCAAUCUCCAGCACGUGGUGCCUGUGCGGCGCGCGAGACUACGCAAAGAUGUAGAAACGUUGAGGCAUAUUUUGGGCAUUCAGAAAUUUGACGUGGGUUUAAUAUGUGUUGACAACUGUAAAAUGCAACGGAUUAACAACAUCUACAGGAAAAAGAAUACACCAACCGAUGUAUUAUCUUUUCCUUUCUACGAGGACCUGAGACCCGGUAAACUCCCGUGUGGCUUGCACAGAGACGAGCUCAACCUCGGUGACGUAUUCCUUGGAGUGGAAUAUGUGAUGCAACAGUGUAAAGGGACAUCCCAAGACUUUCAUAGCACGUUAACAGUGGUCACCGCUCACGGAAUUUGUCACUUACUUGGAUACAGACACGAAACAGACGAGGAGUGGAAAGAGAUGUUUCAGAGAGAAAGCUACAUUUUGGCAGAAUUCAACAGACUGACUGGGAGCCGGCUGGAACCACUUUCAAAGAAAUACUCUCAAGAAAGCUGACAAUUUUAUACAAUAUAUUGUCCGGGAGGCAAACAUCUGUUAUCACUUGAAGCUUGGACCACAAGGUCUAAUCCCUGAUAUUGUAAAGUGACUUUGUUUCCGCUCUACUACAACAUUAUACCUCAAGGUCAGGUUGAUCAAUCUAUGUGUUAAUGUGUCAAGGAUCGUGCAAAGCGAUACGUGCACCUAAACGGAUAAUUAAACACAAAAAGAGAUG